UACCUCCUCCAUCAAAAUUCCGAAGUGGGCACUUUUCAGGUGUAAUUCCGGUGUCCAGAGUUAUUCCUGGUGAUAUAGAUAAUAGUGGGUCAGCUUCGGACAAUGACAUGACUACGGAUUCGGAGGAAGAGGAGGUUUAUGGGGGAAGAUACUCUCUUGAUUCAUCACCACAGGACGAUAGAGUUCCCAGCAGCGCAGGCGCUCACAGAUACUACAGUACUGCUGCACAAAGGCUGCCACAAUAUGCCAGUGAUAGUAUGUUCUCCGACGAUGUUAGUUCGUCGAGAGAAACAAUUGGGGGAGGUCAUGGCCACGUGGCGGAGAGACUCAUGAGGGGAGCCAAUAGAUACCCUGUUGGAAGCAGUGUUCAUACGGAGGAUGAAUCUUCAGAUUCCGGUGGCUCUGAGUUUUCAACCACACAAGUUGGUAGCAAAAAUGGAGCUUUUGCCACGACGAAAGCUUAUGUUUCAGAGGGGUAUGCAUCCAGUCUCCCUUCACAGGUGACUCUGGAAAGUGCUGCAGAAAAGCAUUUAAGCGCUAUAAACUUGCAAAACCAGAAGCCUUCUGAUGAUGAUGUUCCCAGUGCACCUCCAUUGCGUGGUUCUGCUGGGGAAAUCAAGCAAGAUGCAGUGCAAAUUCCAAUGUCUUUUAAACCACAAGAUAAUCCUCCAAAGGAUAUUCCUGGCGCGUCUGUGAGGACUUCUGCUGGUCUGGAAGCUGGUGUGCCUUCGGGUUCUUUUCCUACUCGUCUUCCCACAUUUCAUGCAAGCUCAUUAGGGCCAUGGCAUGCUGUAAUUGCAUACGAGGCAUGUGUUCGGCUUUGCCUUCAUUCCUGGGCAAAGGGUUGCAUGGAAGCUCCCAUAUUUUUGGAGAAUGAGAACGCCCUGUUACGAAAUGCAUUUGGAUUGCAGCAAGUCUUAUUACAAUCAGAGGAGGAAUUGCUGGUGAAGCGAUCUUCGGAGCUUGCUACUGAGGGAGCUGCCCCAAAACCUAAGAAAAUGGUUGGGAAGAUGAAGGUUCAAGUUAGGAAGGUGAAAAUGGCCAUGGACCCGCCUACAGGCUGCAGUUUUUCAUCCCUGAAAGCACCAAAAAUAAAAUUGGAUUCCGUCCGAUAUCACUUCUCCAAUUUAAAGUCCACGAUCUCUUCUGGAUGGCAAGCAGUUAGAAAAAUCCGAUUUGCGCCUCGUCUACCCGCAAAUGGUUCUUUUCCACGCCAGAGUUUGGCAUAUGUGCAGGCAAGCACUCAAUAUAUAAAACAAGUUUCUGGGCUUCUCAAAAUUGGUGUAGGCACUCUACGCAGCAGUUCCUCAUCGUAUGAAGUUGUGCAAGAGACAUACUCUUGUUUGCUACGCUUGAAAAGUUCAAGUGAAGAGGAUGCUAUUCGGAUGCAACCGGGAUCUAGCGAAACCCAUGUAUUUUUUCCAGAUAGCCUAGGAGAUGAUCUCAUCAUUGAAAUUCAGGAUUCCAAGGGCAAGCAUUAUGGUCGUGUUCUUGCUCAAGUUGCUACUAUUUCUGAAGAUCCAGGUGACAAACUUCGCUGGUGGUCUAUUUACCAUGAGCCAGAGCAUGAGCUUGUUGGAAAAGUCCAACUCUAUAUAAAUUAUUCCACAAGUUUGGAUGAAAACAGUCAUCUUAAGUGUGGUUCCGUGGCAGAAACUGUGGCAUAUGACCUUGUAUUAGAAAUUGUGAUGAAAGUUCAACAUUUUCAACAAAGGAAUUUGGUGCUACAUGGCCAAUGGAAGUGGUUACUGACUGAAUUUGCAACUUAUUACGGGGUUUCUGAUGCAUACACGAAGCUAAGAUAUCUUUCUUAUGUUAUGGAUGUGGCAACACCGACGGCUGAUUGUCUGACGCUGGUGCUUGAUUUGUUGUUGGCUGUAGUAAUGAAGGGACAAAGUAAGGGUACACUAAGUCAUCAAGAGAACCGAAUCUUGGGAGAAAUUGAGGAUCAAGUUGAACAGAUUUUUGCUCUUGUUUUUGAAAACUACAAGUCCUUGGAUGAGUCGUUACCUUCUGGGAUCAUGGACGUUUUCAAGCCUGCUACAGGGCUUGCAGCUGCUGCUUUGGAGCCUGCUGUAAAGCUUUAUACACUUCUUCAUGAUAUAUUAUCUCCUGAGGCACAGAAUAAGCUAUACAGCUAUUUCCAGGCUGCAGCGAAAAAAAGAUCAAGGCGACACUUAAGCGACACAGAUGAAUAUGUUAGCGGCAAUAGUGAGGGCAUUCUGAUGGAUGCCCUUACUGUUUCUACUGCGUAUCAGAAAAUGAAAUCUCUUUGCUUAAACAUUAGGAAUGAAAUUUUCACAGACAGGGAAAUACACAAUCAAAAUAUACUUCCCAGUUUCAUAGAUCUACCAAAUCUUUCCUCGGCAAUAUACAGCGCUGAACUUUGCAACAGAUUGCGUGCUUUCCUCAUUGCAUGCCCUCCAGCUGGCCCUUCGCCUCCUGUUAGAGAACUUGUCAUUGCAACUGCAGAUUUUCAAAGGGAUCUUGCUACAUGGCACAUUAAACCUGUCAAAGGUGGGGUCGAUGCAAAAGAAUUGUUCCAUUUGUAUAUUGUCCUCUGGAUUCAAGAUAAGCGCCUUGCUUUGCUCGAAUCAUGCAAAUUAGACAAGGUGAAAUGGUCUGGAGUUAGGACACAACAUUCAACAACCCCGUUUAUUGAUGAAAUGUAUGACCGCCUGAAAGAAACUUUGAAUGAUUACGACAUCAUCAUUUGCCGGUGGCCAGAAUAUACCUUUGUUUUGGAGAAUGCCAUUGCGGACAUCGAGAAAGCAAUUGUGGAGGCCCUGGAAAAACAAUAUUCAGAUGUCUUGUUGCCGUUAAAGGAAAAUUUGACACCCCGGAAAUUUGGCCUCAAAUAUGUACAGAAGCUUGCCAAACGAUCUGUAUGCCCUUAUGUGGUGCCUGAUGAGCUUGGUGUGCUGUUGAAUUCAAUGAAGAGGAUGCUUGAUGUCCUGCGGCCAAAGAUAGAAUCCCAAUUGAAAGCAUGGGGUUCAUGCAUCCCUGAUGGGGGAAACACAGCCCCUGGAGAACGAUUAAGCGAAGUGACUGUGAUGCUUAGGUCCAAAUUCAGAAAUUAUCUGCAAGCAGUUGUUGAAAAGCUUGCAGAAAAUACAAGACUACAGAGUAGUACAAAGCUGAAGAAAAUUUUACAGGAUUCAAAGGAUGGUGUAGUAGAGGCUGAUGUCAGAAACAGAAUUCAGCCACUAAAAGAGCAGCUUACGAAUACAAUAAAUCAUCUACACACUAUCUUCGAAUCCCAUGUAUUCAUUGCAACCUGUCGAGGUUAUUGGGAUAGGAUGGGACAGGAUGUUCUUAGUUUUUUGGAAAACAGGAAAGAGAACAGGGCGUGGUAUAAGGGUUCAAGAAUUGCCGUCUCUAUUCUGGAUGAUACCUUUGCAUCUCAGAUGCAGCAGCUACUAGGGAAUGCCCUUCAAGAGAAAGAACUGGAGCCACCAAGGUCCAUAGUUGAAGUGCGUUCAAUUCUUUGCAAAGAUGCUCCGAGUAACAAGGGCAACAAUUACUACUAUUAGGUUAUACGUACAUAUGCUCUAUAAAAGGACUUUUUUUUUUUUUUGAGAGGGGAGGAGAGAGGAGAAAGGGGCUUUGGACGGGGGAAGGGGUGGUAUGCAUUGACACCGAGUUUGAAAACAAAGGUGCUGCAUUGGUUUUUUGUUUUCAGGAAGCAGGUGACUCGGCUGCUCCAAAUUCAUCUAUCUUCCCACAGAGGAUUUCUCAGAUUAUUUUUGUAAUU